GUAAAUUCUAGCAAACAUAUUAAACUGACUAGUUUCGAAACUGUUGAUUUGCAAGUACUAUUGGAAACGUUUGGUCUAAAUAGCAGUGGAAUAAGAUCUGAAUUGCUUUGUCGAAUAAAUCAAUUAAUAAAGCGUAAACCAGAUGGCCUUGACAUUGCAUUAUUUAAAUCAAAAAUAAUUGAAAUAUUUCAAUCCAAAGUGAAUAGUAACUCAAAUCCCCUUUUUAUUCAACCAAAUCAGAUUAUGUAUACGGGUCAAAAAAUCAACGAAAAAAAUACGAACCAACUGCAACAAUAUUCUCAAAAAUCAAUGCAUGUUAAGCCUCCUCAAAAUCUAAAUCUGUACAAGUUAAGAAAGCUACCAUUUUAUGAAAAUAUUGAAGAAAUUAUUAAGCUAACUCUUCUAAAUAGCUCAAAUGACAAAUGUACAUUAGUAAACCAUCUUACAGGUAUGAGAGAAUAUGUAUUUACAUUUAAUAUGUCUAUAGAUCAAAUUAAUAUAAUAUCUUCAAAUCGUGAUAUUUCAAAAACAAUACCAGAAUAUCCCUAUCAGUACCAAAUUCGACUAUGUCAAAUAGAAUUAGGGCGUUUUGAAGUAACAGAUUAUUUUCCCAGUCAACUUAAUGUUCGAGUUGGAGAUACGCCUUGUCCUACUUAUCCUAAUGAGCGAUCUAAAUCGAGACGAACAGCAAGUCCUAUCAAUUGCACUCAUGAAUUAAAAUUAAGUCCAUUUUUUACAAACCUAAUUAAAGUAAACUGGGUACCCGAUGGGAAAAUUUAUGGUAUUACCAUGAAUUUAGUUAAACAAUUAAGUGCAGAUAAUUUAAUAAAAAAACUUCAAGAUAAAGAAGCAAGGAGUUCAGAAGAUACUAAACAUCAAAUUAUUAAAAAAUUCACUUGUGUUAAUCCAGAUUUGGCCUGUACAUCUCAUCAAUUUUCUUUGUUAUGUCCAUUGAGUAAAAAUAGAAUGAAGUUACCUGCAAAAUCCGUUCAUUGUGACCAUAUAAUGUGUUUUGAUGCAGAUACCUUCAUUAGAAUGAAUGAGAAAAAUUCAAAAUGGCUUUGUCCAAUUUGUAAUGCACCUUGUGUGUACGAUGACAACAAUAUUUUAAUUAACGCUGACGGAUCAUGGGAAAAAUAAUUAAAAAUAACUAUCAAUAAUACACUUGUAAAAUCUAUUGAUUUUGUGGAUUUGGAUAGCGACGAUGAAAAAUCUGGGAUAAAAAUAAAAUAGGGAUUUUAUUAUUUUAAGUACUUGUGGUACUUGAUCAAUUGUCACCUGGUAGUAGGAUAUUUUAAAAUAACACUACAAGUAUAUAAAAAAUGUCUUUGUAUUAAACAGUUGAAAUUUAUUUUUCAA